GCGACCGCUGCCGGGCUGUGCGGAGAGGAGCGAAGCGCGCUGCCGCUUCGCCUUCAAAGUGUCUGAGCCGGCUGCGGGCUUUGCUUCUACUUGCCGCGGUUUUUUUCCUUCUUUCAAGUCAUUAUUUUGCCAUUUUGUUAUUUAUUUUCUCCUACUUCGUUGCUGUUAUUUUUGUUAUCGUUGUUUGUAAACUAAUUGCCUCCAUGGGGGGCGGAGGAAAGGAAAUCAAAGCUGCCGCAGCUGAAGGGUGUGCGAGCACGCUGGGGAAGAGCCGAGGAGCCGCAGGACAGGAUGGUAGCGGGAAGCCCGGCGGUAGCGGGAAGCCCGGCCUCGGGAAGCCUGGCUGCGGCGGGGAGCGCUGCCCGCGGAGGGCCGGGCCGGUCGGCACCGCACUGGCCGCGCUCCUCUCCGCGCUGGCCGCGGCCUCCUGCGUCUACCUGGGGGUGCGGACCAGUGACCUCCAGGCCAGGGUCGCGGCCAUCGAAGGCGCCCGAGGGGGCUUCUCCGCCGCCCCGCUCCCGCCACUACCCGGCUUUUCCUUGGAGCAGCUGAACGCGAUGAUGCAGGAGAAAGUGGAACGACUUCUCGCCCAGAAAUCCUACGAGCACUUCGCAAAAAUACGAAUAGCGAGAGAAGUGGCUCCAGAGUGCAACUGCCCACCAGGUCCUCCAGGGAAAAGAGGUAAGCGGGGAAGAAGAGGAGAGACCGGACCUCCUGGUCAGCCUGGUCCUCAAGGCCCUCCUGGUCCAAAAGGCGAGAAGGGAGAUCAAGGUGAUCAGGGCCCUCGGAUGGUGUUUCCUAAAAUCAAUCAUGGGUUUCUCUCUGCUGAUCAGCAGCUCAUUAAACGCCGCCUCAUUAAGGGGGACCAAGGACAAGCUGGACCCCCUGGACCUCCAGGGCCACCAGGACCCAGAGGUCCCCCAGGAGACACUGGCAAAGAUGGUCCUCGUGGGAUGCCUGGCUUAAUGGGUGAACCAGGAAAACCAGGAGAACAAGGAUUGACAGGACCUCAGGGGCCUCCAGGACAAAAGGGUUCUGUCGGAGUUCCUGGUGUUCCAGGGAGAGAUGGACAAGUGGGUGAACCUGGUUUGCCUGGCACAGCAGGAGAGAAAGGAGAAGCAGGGCUCAAGGGUGACCCUGGAGAAAGAGGAGAAAAGGGGGAUGCUGGUGAGAAUGGACUGAAGGGUGACACAGGAGAAAAGGGUGACCCUGGCUCUUCUGCGGCUGGAAUAAAGGGUGAACCUGGUGAAUCGGGACGGCCUGGACAAAAGGGUGAACCAGGCCUUCCUGGGCUUCCUGGACUUCCUGGAAUAAAGGGUGAACCAGGUUUCAUUGGUCCACAAGGAGAACCUGGGUUGCCAGGGCUACCAGGAACAAAGGGUGACAAAGGAGAGACAGGCCCUGUUGGGAAGGGUGAGCGAGGUGAACCUGGAAUCCCCGGACCAAAGGGGAAAACAGGUGAACCUGGAUCUAGAGGCCCCAAAGGGUCAAAGGGUGAUACAGGUGAGAGAGGUGACACAGGGUCUGCAGGUCCACGGGGACCACCUGGACAAAAGGGUGAUCAAGGUGCAACAGAGAUAAUUGAUUAUAAUGGCAAUAUCCAUGAAGCUCUGCAGAGGAUUGCCACCCUGACUGUCACGGGACCGCCAGGACCACCAGGACCCCAAGGGCUGCAAGGGUCAAAGGGUGAACCAGGAUCCCCAGGAACUCCAGGAGUUGAUGGAGAGCAGGGUCCUAAGGGCUCAAAAGGAGAUACAGGUGAUCCUGGAAUGCCUGGAGAAAAAGGGGGAAUUGGACUGCCUGGCCUACCAGGAGCCAAUGGCAUGAAAGGCGAGAAAGGAGAUGUUGGUUUGCCUGGUGCCCAAGGUCCUUCAAUGAUAGGACCACCUGGACCACCAGGGCCACAUGGUCCUCCAGGCCCUAUGGGACCUCAUGGACUGCCUGGCCCAAAGGGUGAACCAGGGUUAAAUGGUCUUAAAGGAUUGAAGGGUGAACCAGGUCAAAAGGGUGACAGAGGGCCCCUUGGUCUUCCUGGAGCAUCUGGCUUAGACGGGAAGCCAGGAGCCCGGGGUGUUGAUGGCCCAGUUGGUCCCCAUGGCCCUGCAGGUCCCAAAGGAGAGAGAGGUGAGAAGGGAACUGUAGGUGACCCUGGACCCAGAGGACCAUACGGCUUGCCUGGUUUUCCUGGUCCUCGAGGAGAAAAGGGUGAUAUAGGAGAAAAGGGAGAAAAGGGAUUCCGUGGAAUUAAGGGGGAAAAAGGGGAGCCAGGCCAGCCUGGCCUGGAUGGGCUGGAUGCCCCUUGCCAAUUGGGCCCCGAUGGAUUACCGAUGCCUGGCUGUUGGCAAAAGGUAGGAUGGGCAGAGUUUUUUCUUUUCAGGAGCAGUAUGUCCUUAGCACACAGAAAUGCCUUUCACAAUCAUACAGAACAGUAUCAAGAUACAUUACAGAGCCUCCUAGACAGUAAUAUCCAGCACUGCAAGAUCAGACCUCUCCAUGACAAUAGUUCAUGUGAUGUGUUGUAAUUUAUGUAGAAUAGCUCACUGAGGCAGUACUGUGGAAACGGUUGGCGUUAGUUUCCUGGAAAGUCCAAGACUUCUGUUUUUUUGCAUGAAGAUUCACACAUCCUUUGGUUUCUGCGGUUGAUCAGUGCUUCCUAUUCAUUAUGAAAGCUCAUGGAUAUGGCAUUUUUGUCAACUAUUUAUGUAGAUCUGUUAUUAUAUUGGCUGAGAAGGACAGUGUAUCCUGACCUUUUCUUUGCCUUGCUUUUCUAUUCUUCAAUAAAUUCUCCUGGGCUUUGUGUUUUAUGGCAAUAUUAACUGGUGACAUUAUUUUAGUAAAGAUUUAACCUAGACAGUGCUUGAUUUAGAAACAUAGCAUUGAGAAUAAUAUAGUUGGAGGAAUACUGGCAUAUAAUGCAUCAGAAAACAUGAAGCAUAAGUGAAAUCCCAGUUGCAUUUAUCUCUGAAGAAUAGGUAGUACUGAGGAAAUAACUAUGCAUAUCUGCAACUCUCCCUGAUCUAUGUAUUUGUAAUAGAUGUCUGAAAUAUCAUACUAAUUUGAUUAAUCUGUAUCUCUUUUUGUC